GCAGUAGGCUUGAGUAGAGAGUGUUGUCUUGUGCCGGCCGAGACUCACCGCUGAAUAUAUACAGUGGAGAUGGCGGUGGUGGCAGGGGCGGGGCGCUGGGCGGUACAAGCCGCCAGCAACCCAUACUUCGACCCACCGGACGCCGUCGACGAAGUCAGGUCCUUCCUUCAGUACAACGAUAAACCGGACUUCAACAGCUCCGUGGCUUUCACGAUCCCGCUCUUCACCUUCACAAUGCCUGGAGCGGGGGACUUUACGGCCAUUGGCCUCAGUAGCCAGUCCUUCGGGGUCAUGACCUUCUUAUCCCUCCUCCUUCUGGGACUCCUGAGUGUGGCUGCCUACAACGCUUACCGAAAGCACCCCUUCGCCAGAGAAUUUUCAGAUUCAGACGACUUCCUUCUGACGAGGAUGGUUCUGGAGUCGUUCUCGGAUCUGCCUGGCGUGGUGGAUACAAGGGCCUGUGCCAAUCUGGGCGUUUGCGGUGCCUAUGCCGAGCGAGAUAGAUACGGAAUGAUUGCCUGGCCCAUCAGAUUCCUCGUCCAGUACUCCCCGGACACACCUGAAGACCUGUUGACGGAGUUCCAGAAGGCGGCGAGGGACGGGCAGGUGGACGGGCAGGUGGACGAGCAGGUGGACGGGCAGGUAGACGGGCAGGUGGACGGGCAGGUCUGCCGGUACAAGUACCCUUGUUUCAUGCAACCUCUCGACCACCUUCUCUACUUAUAUAACUACUGGUACGGCGGCCUGUAGAUGGCUGUCCACCAGGACGGGAGACAGCGCUGACGACAGGACUGUCCACCACGGCGGGAGACAGCGCUGACGACAGAGCUAUCCACCACGGCGGGAGACAGCGCUGACGACAGAGCUAUCCACCACGGCGGGAGACAGCGCUGACGACAGAGCUAUCCACCACGGCGGGAGACAGCGCUGACGACAGAACUAUCCACCACGGCGGGAGACAGCGCUGACGACAGAACUAUCCACCACGGCGGGAGACAGCGCUGACGACAGAACUAUCCACCACGGCGGGAGACAGCGCUGACGACAGAGCUAUCCACCACGGCGGGAGACAGCGCUGACGACAGAACUAUCCACCACGGCGGGAGACAGGACUAUCCACCACGACGGGAGACAGGACUAUCCACCACGACGGGAGACAGCGCUGACGGCAGAACUAUCCACCACGAGUCUGCUAUGGUCCAUCACGGCUCAGUAACCGACAACGAACUCUUCCUCUGGGUUAUGUCACGUCUUAUACACGAAUUAAACUUGAAAUCUUCUCCCUCUGCACUUACGAGUCCCUUGAACCGGCUCGGGGGAGAUAGAAAUAGCCUAAGCUACUCUAUCCCUUUGUGAUGUAUUUCUUUCUUGUCUCAAUAAACAUACUUGAACUUGA